GCUGUUCGGCUCCCCACGCUGUCACAGUACUCAGCUGAGAAAUAUAGGAUGCUUUCGGGUCUAGUUAACAACUCUGGGAGUGAGGCGGAAAGAACAAGCUUCUAACCACUCAGACAUAGGGGCGUCUAGUUCAAGUGUUUCCCUCCUCCCAAGUCCUCCAAUUUAUUUCUUUCCUUAGUUCUUAGAAAGAACAGAUGAAGCAAACGCAGAAAAUAGGGCCUUAGCCUAUUAAAGAUGUGCUCCUAGCGCGGGCCCUAGAACAGAAGUCUACGGUAUAAAGUACAUCUGUGAGAAUGGAGUCCUGGUCCUUUAAGGGGGCGGGCCAAGGGGGAGGAGUCUAGGGCGGAAGUUGUAAAUCAGGGCUGAAGUCCGGCUAAUGAAGGGCGGAAGUAGAGUGUCCAGUGCUGCAAUUAUGGCGCAGGAAGAGGAAGAUGUUCGAGAUUACAAUUUGACUGAAGAGCAGAAGGCGAUCAAGGCCAAGUAUCCUCCAGUCAUUCGGAAGUACGAGUAUUUGGAUCAUACAGCAGAUGUCCAGUUACAUGCGUGGGGAGAUACUCUGGAGGAAGCAUUUGAACAGUGUGCAAUGGCCAUGUUUGGUUACAUGACAGAUACUGGGACUGUGGAGCCCCUGCAAACAGUAGAAGUAGAAACCCAAGGAGAUGACUUACAGUCUCUGCUGUUUCACUUUUUGGAUGAGUGGCUUUAUAAGUUCAGUGCUGAUGAAUUCUUCAUACCCCGGGAAGUGAAAGUACUUCACAUUGAUGAAAGAAAUUUCAAAUUACGCUCAAUUGGGUGGGGAGAAGAAUUUUCAUUGUCCAAGCACCCUCAGGGAACUGAAGUCAAGGCAAUAACCUACUCAGCCAUGCAGGUCUAUAAUGAGGAGAAGCCAGAAGUUUUUGUGAUCAUUGACAUUUAAGAGACCACAAAACAAAACAACCCCCCCAUCCCCUCCUAUGAAGAUCUGUUUUUUUCCUCUAACUUUUCAGAAGAUCCCAUGAUAUAAAUCUGCUGUAUCUGUUGAUAAUAUGGACAUUUGCAGAACAGAACUAUUUUUUUUUAAGAUUUUAUUUAUUUAUUUGUCAGAGACAGCACAAGCAGGGGGAGCAGCAGAGAGAGAGGGAGAAGCGUGACGCAGGGCUCGAUCCCAGGACUCCGGGAUCAUGACCUGAGCCAAAGGCAGACGCUUAACCGACUGAGCCACCCAGGUGCCCCGUGAACAGAACUUUUAACAUAAAAUGUGAGUGUCAGAAAUGAGACAUCAAGGUGCAGCUUGGUCCGUGUUACCCAAAUAUUCAAAUUUUAAAGAAUUAUUCUGGCGGCAAGCAUGGCAUCUCAUCUCUUAGUUCCCCACUGUAGCAGUGGGUACUCAGACCCUUCCAGUGGAAGGCCUGGCCCCAAAAGGAUCAGUAAUCUAAAUAGCAGCCCCAGAGACUCUGAACCUGCCACACUCUUAUUGAAUCCGGUUUGAGAAAAAUAAUAAUAAUUUGAGAAAUCCUACAGCCAGUGCUUUGCUUUUUUCCCACAUUGGUUCACACACACAUGCACGUGCAAACACACACACACACAUUUUUUUACGUGGGUCCUGAACUCAGGAUCCUGAGAUCAAGACCUCAGCUGAGAUCGAGAGUUGGAUGCACAACCGACUAAGCUACCCAGGCGCCCCAACACACAUAUUUUCUAUAUAUACAUUGAGAGGUUUAGAUUCCUGUGGGACAGAGCCGUCCUGUAUUCCACUUGAUUUUCUUAGAAGAUAUAAUUAUGGUUUAAAAAUUGGGAGACUUCUCGAGGAAGAGCUCUGGGUUUCUCUCUCAUUUUUAAAGCACUAAUGUAUGGACACUUUACUGCUUUCCCUUAAGAAAAAUUAAACACCCUUACAGAUGGGCCCUUCUUUCUCACGUGUGAUUUUAUAUUAAAGCCAGUAUAUUCAUACAGUUAGAGAAGAAAAUAAUUGUUUUUCUUUGUUUUUUUAAAAAUUACCUAAGUUCUUUGUUGGAAAACCAUGUUAAAAUGAUUUGAACUUCUCAAAGGAGGUAACUUAAAAAAAAAAAAAGAAACUGCUUUUGUUGGAUUUGCAACAUUAUUCUAUUCUCUAUUCAUUGAGGUAUUCUUUGUUGCCAUGACAAGUUUGCAGAGUUGCUCUUUUUUUCACACAUAGAUGAGAAAAGAUUGCCACUGGGUGGUGCCAGA